AUGAAGCGGAUGUUCUCCUGCUCCAGCUCGCAGGUGGCGCCGCUCACCACCCACCAGGUUGAGAGCUGGAACAAGCAGGACCAGAAGCUGCUAGAAGCGGUGGAGAAGGGCGACGUGGGCAAGGUGUCCGCCCUUGCCUCCCGCAAAACAGCCCGGCCCACCAAGCUCAACGCCGUGGGGCAGUCCGCCUUCCACCUGGCUGCGUCCAAGGGUCUCACCGAGUGCCUGACGCUGCUGCUGGCCCACGGGGCCCCCGUUAACGAGAAGAACGAUGACGGCAGCACCGCUCUGCAUCUGGCCACCAUCGCCUGCCAGCCCCAGUGCGUCAAGGUCCUGCUGCAGUUCGGUGCCAACGAGGGCCACGUGGACAGGCAGGACCGAACCCCCCUGCACUGGGCCGCCUCCUCGGGCUGUGCCUCCAGCGUGCUGCUGCUCUGCGACCACGAGGCCCUCCUGGAUGUCACCGACGCCCACGGGCAGACCCCCCUGAUGCUGGCGGCGCGGGGGAACCACACUGCCAUCUGCGCCCAGCUCCUGCAGAGAGGGGCCGACCCCAACCUGGCCGACAAGGACGAGAGGACCGCGCUGAUGCUGGCCUGCGAGCAGGGCAGCCUGGAGUCGGCCGAGCUGCUGCUGAGCCACGGUGCGGCCGUGGGGGACAAGGACCGCUGGCGCUGUGCCGAGCAGCCCCCCAGCCGUGCCCUCCGCCGGCUCCUGCGCAGCGCCCGCUGCAGGGGGAGAGAGAACGGCACCGGCUGUGCCGGGGACUCCGCGCCGCAGGUGGAGAGCCAGGCAGUGGGGACCCUGGGCAGCGAGAGCGAGGAGGAGGAAGAAGAGGAGGAAGAUGAGGAGCAGCAGGAUGGGUGUGAUGCCCAGCGCGUGCAGCGGCUGCAGGAGCAGCUGGCGAGGAAGACGCAGGAAUGCCAGCGGCUGGCGGCUGCUGCCGACAGGCUCCGGCAGCGGGUGCGGGAGCUGGUGCAGCUCCUGCCCGGGUGCGAGGCUGGAACGGGGGCGCAGGGUGAGGACGAGGAUGGCGCCUGCCUGGCCCUCCUGGCCCAGCACCUGGGCGAGCUGAGGAAGAAGGUGCUGGCUAAGGAGGAGGAGGGUGGAGGACAGCACACCGCGGCGCAGCCCGACGGUGCUGCUGCGGUGCCGGCACUGGCCCAGUUCCUGAGCUGGCUGGGGGACGAGUGUGCCAAAAUGCGGGCGGCAAAGGCGAGCGCCUGCGCCCGGAGCCGGGGGCUGCGCAGGGAGGUGGAGGAGGCCCUGCGGAGCAAACUGCAUUACGAGGUGGUGUCGGCCGACGCCGUCCGCAGGAGCCUGGCGGCUUGGGAGAAGAUGGUGCUGGGGCUGGAGCAGACGCUGAGCCGCGCCGACGAGACCCACGCCGAGAUGCUGGAGAGAUCCCAUGUCCUGCUGGAAAACCUCCGGCGGGAGCUGGUGCGGCCGCUUGCCGCAUGCCCGGUGAACGGCACGGAGCCGGCGCCGGGCGGGAAGAGCCAAGAGGAGCCACCAGAGGAGGGUGGGAGCUUGGAGCAGGAGAUGCUGGAGCUGAAGGAGACCAACGGGAUGCUCCUGGGGGAGCUGGCCCGGCUGGGGCGGGAGCGGGAGCGGCUGCAGGAGGAGCUGCGGGGGCUGCGGGGGCAGGACCCCGGUGCCCAGCCGGCGGCAGAAGGUUCCGGAGCGGCCGGCCUGGCCCAGGCGCUGGCGGCCGAGCGGGAGGAGGCGGCGAGGCUGCGGCAGAGGCUGGCGAGGCAGCGGCAGGAGCUGGCGGCGCUGCGGGAUGGGGUGGGCAAGCAGGCGCGGGAGGCGGCCGGCGACGCCGGGGCUGGCAUCCUGCGGGAGCUGCACCGCCGGCUGGAUGGGCUGGUCAGGGCCCAGCAUGAGGCCUUGCAGCUCGUGGCAGAGAUGGAGGGCGAGGGCCCCCCCGGGGAAGGAGCCCCCUGUAGCGACGGGGACACUGGGGUCGGGCUACUGGGCGAGCUGGAGGAUGCGCUGGGUGAACUGGUGGAGGAGCUGGGGCCAGGGCCGGGCCCCCGGCUGGCGCGGCUGCUGGGGCGGCUGGUCGGCACCGCUGCAGCCCUGCGUGGCCGGGACCCCCCCGGCGAGCCACCGGCGGCCCAGGCCGAGCGCUGGCGGGUGGCGGUGGCGGCGGAGAAGCAGGCGGCGGAGGCGGCGGAGGCGCGGGCGGCCGAGCGGGAGCGGGAGGCGCGGGAGCUGCGGGAGCAGGCGGAGGGGCUGGAGCGCAGUGUGGGCAGCCUGCGGGCCAGGGCCGACGAGCUGGCCAGGGGCUGCCGGGACAAGGAGGGCAAGAUGAAGAAGCUGCUGGCGGAAACGGAGAAGCUGUCGGCGGAGGUGCUGGGGCUCCGCGGCCAGAACGCCCGGCUCCAGCUCCAGCUUGAGGUCCAGCAGAAGAACCACCGGGACAUCGUGGCCGUCUAUAGGACCCACCUCCUCAACGCUGCCCAGGGCUUCAUGGACGAGGGGGUCCACGCCAUGCUGCUGCGGAUCCUGCGGGCGGAGGAGUGAGGGGCAGGAUUGGUGCUGGUCCCAUUGCCCCCCCCAAGCCAUUAAACUGGAGAAACCGCGUGUCCCC